AAAAAAAAAAAAAAAAAAAAUAUGAAUGUAUCAAAUUUGAAUUCAGAAAAUCUUUCAAAUGUCAUUUCUAAUAAUAUUUUACCUCGCGUUAUACUUCCUUUCCCUCCAAACAUCACCGCUUAUGAGAUAGCAAAUAAAAGACUUCGGUCAAACAUUCGUUCUAAAGCACCAAACGCGUUUUUUAUUUAUAGAAAAGUAUUUAUGGAUCAUUUAUUAUCUUUAGAUCAUAAAUUCAAGAUGACAGAUGUUUCUAAACUUGCUAGUGAACAUUGGAAAAAUGAAACUCAAGAAGUUAUAACAACUUACAAAAAAAUUUCAAAACAAGUUGAAAAAGAAUUGAAUAAUAUAAGAAACAAAAACUUAGUAUAUGCUAAUGAUAUUGAAAAACAUAAGUUUAUGAAGAGGAAAGAAAGUAAAUCUAUUGGAGAAUGUACAAUUUCAACAUUUUCAAUCAAUGAAAAGAGUUCAACUAAUGAGAUUGAUAAUUCUAAGAACAAAAUUAAUAAUGGAGGGAUCAAUUGUUCUAAACCAAAUUCAAUAAAAAUCUUGAAGUAUUUACAACCGAGAUUAUCUCCAAAUUUUAAUUUCAAUUCAAUUUUAGAUGACAAUAUUA